AUGCAAAUUGCGUCGAGGUGCUGCGUCAUCGAGAUCCACGCCUCGGAGAGUGGCCUCAAUCCGGGACAAGACUAUGCGUUGGACAGGACAUUGACAGUAGUCUGA